UCUCGGUAACCAAACAGCUCUUUUCUCUGACUCCAAACUCUUUGUUUCUACAGAGCCAUCAGCCAUGGCUGUCACUUCCAGAGGCCGGCCCUCCCACCUCCAAAUCCCCAGCAAAUGGCGCGACUCGGAAACCAGUCCGGACCGGAUUAGUUCGGCCCAGACUGGUCCCAGUCUCCCCAUCACUCCCCAAAAAGUCCCUGUCGUUUACUACCUCUCCAGGAACGGCCAGCUCGAGCACCCUCACUUCAUGGAAGUCCCUCUCUCCUCUCCCCGUGGCCUCUUUCUCAAAGAUGUUAUUAACCGGUUGAACUUGCUACGUGGCAAGGGCAUGGCUUUGAUGUACUCCUGGUCUUCCAAACGGAGCUACAAAACCGGCUUCGUGUGGCAUGAUUUGACGGAGGACGACUUGAUACACCCGUCGCACGGCGACGAGUACGUGCUCAAGGGGUCGGAGCUUCUUGACCCGCCGCUGAACCAUCUGGCUCUCGAGGCGGCGUCGUCGAGGUCUCUGAGACCGCCGCCAGAGGCGCUGAAGUCCGCCGAAGAUUUCGAAUCUCCGGUGAUUUCACGCCGGCGAAACCAGUCGUGGAAUUCGAUCGAUUUGAACGAGUACAAGGUGUACAAGACCGAGUCAGUCGGCGAGUCCGCCAGAAAAGCGGCCGCCGACGCGUCGACUCAGACCGACGAAAAACGGCACCGACGUCGUGUUGUUCGAGACGAGCACGAGGAAAAAGGUCAAGGUCAAAGUCAGCGCGAGGUGAUUCGGAUUCAGAGUCAGAGUACGGAGCUGAGCAGGGGCGAGAUUUCGCCUCCGCCGUCUGAUUCGAGCCCCGAAACGCUCGAGUCGCUGAUGAAGGCGGAUGGGCGGCUGGUGCUCUGCUCGAACGGGGCGAACGAGGAGGAGGCAGUGAACCAGACGGCUGAGAUCUGUCCAACUGGGAAGAUGAAGGCGUCAACAGUCCUGAUGCAAUUGUUAUCGUGCGGCUCGAUCUCGUUCAGGGACUGCGGAUCCACGGCGGUGAGGGAGCAGGGGUUCUCGCUGAUUGGGCAUUACAAGCCUAGGCUGCCACGUGGCGUGACCGGAAAUCAGGUCGGGACGGAGAGCGUAAUUUCGAAUUUAGCGGGGGUAAAAUUGGAAGAUAAGGAGUAUUUUAGCGGGAGCUUAAUUGAGACCAAGAAAGAGGCGGUUCCGUCUUUAAAGAGGUCUUCUUCUUACAAUGCAGAUAGGAGUGCGCAGCUGCAAUUGGAGGAAACAGAGAAAGGUGGAGUGCGAGCAAAGUGCAUUCCCAGGAAACCCAAAGGAAUACCCACCAAGAGAGAGAUCAACCACAUCGCCUCUAGUAGUGAUGGUAGUUGUACUAGUAGUCAUGUAGGAGGGAGCAAACGACUCGAGGUUCAUCAAUAAGUUGCGGAGCUGUGUUACGGCCAGUCUUCUAUACAUGUCAUGCACACAUCUUUUUAGCUUAACACAACCAGAAAUUGGAAAAAUAGCGGAAUGAAUGAUAACGAGAAGCAUAGGCAAAAUACGCGGCGGCGGCAGCGUUUUAGGCAGCACAUUGCAUUUCACGGCACAAUGAGCGCAAGCUUCGACGGGGAAACAAAGCAUGGGGCGUGGGAAUCUUACGAAAGCUAGAAGAGUUGAAGUUGCGUCUUGGUUUCUAUGGGGGACCGAAGUUUGUUCCUUGAUUUAUGUGAAUAUUUGCUAAAGUCUGUGCCUUUGUUUUGAGUUUUUGACCUUAGGACAUGGGUAAUGGAAAGAAUAAUGUCCUAGGCAUCCAAAGCGCAUCGUUUUCGACCACCCACGUGAGCCAUGUUUUUGAGAUUGGAGAGGUAAUUGGUUAAUGUUUCCUCCUCCAAGAAAGAAAGACAUGGGGAAUUCGCUUGUGGUUCUUUAUGUAGGAGGCAAUUGAGGGUUUUGAGUGUGGAAUGAUGUAGAAAAGUAGAGGUGCUUCUAUAUAUGGCAUUAGAGAUAUGAAAUCACAAUUUCCAAUUGUCCAUGCUUGUGUUGAUCAAGAAUGUACCUCUUUUCCUUUC